UUCUGUCCAGUGAACCAUGCACGGCAACAUCACAAUCUGAAAAAUCAUGGUACACAAAAGAGAUACUGAAUUGUCUUUUUUUUUCUCCCCUAUUUGACUGAUGCAGAAACACAUUCAAAAGGAAAGGAGCCUAUGUGGGACCCAGAGAAGCAUUUUGCCAUGACAGUUCCAGGGAAUGUGUGGACAUAAGGUUUCUUGUGGAAAAUUAUUCAACGCCAAGCUGAAGUUGUCACAAUGAUGUACGGAAUAUUGCCUGGACUUGGACUUGUUCUUUUGGUUUUUCUACACAGUGUAAUAUUUGUGGCAGGAUUGGUGGACUCCGAUGAUGUCAUCACGCGUGACGAGCAGAUCUUCGUGCUGAUUGGUGCCCACGCCAAGUGUGAAAACAGCAUCAAGUCACAAAUUGCCCUCAUGCAAGAAGGCGACUGCAUCCCCGAGUGGGACGGCAUCAUCUGCUGGCCGAGGAGCAGCGCCGGGCAGAUGGUGUCAGUGGGCUGUCCCGAGUACAUCUACGACUUCAACCACAGAGGUCGGGCCUACCGCCACUGCGAUGAGUCCGGUAACUGGGAGCAGGUGUCGGUCAUCAACCGGACGUGGGCAAACUACAGCGAAUGCACCACGUAUUUGUCAGCCAAUUACAGGACUCAAGAAGAGGUUUUUGAAAGACUGCACCUCAUGUACACUGUCGGCUACUCCGUCUCUCUGGCAUCUCUCCUGGUAGCCGUUUUCAUCCUCUGCUACUUCAAGCGCUUGCACUGCACCCGCAACUACAUCCACGUGCACCUCUUCACAUCCUUCAUCUGCCGAGCGAUCAGCAUCUUUGUGAAGGAUGCCGUGCUCUACUCGGUCUCUGGUGAAGUUGCAGAAGAAGAAAUCGAGCUUGUGGGUCAGAAGCAGCACAUGGCCGGCUGCAAAGUUGCCGUCACGUUUUUCCUCUACUUCCUGGCGACCAAUCAUUACUGGAUCUUAGUGGAGGGUCUUUACCUCCACAGCCUCAUCUUCAUGGCCUUCCUCUCUGACAAGAACUACCUGUGGGCCCUCACCAUCAUCGGCUGGGGCGUUCCCGCUUUGUUUGUGUCCGUUUGGGUCAGCGUGCGGGCGUCACUGGCAGACACACAAUGUUGGGAUAUCAGCGCUGGGAACCUAAAGUGGAUUUAUCAAGUUCCCAUUCUGGCAGCCAUUGUUGUGAAUUUCCUGCUCUUUGUCAACAUCAUACGCGUGUUGGCCUCCAAAUUAUGGGAGACCAAAACUGGAAAACUGGAUCCUCGGCAACAAUACCGGAAACUUCUCAAGUCCACAUUGGUGCUCAUGCCUUUGUUUGGAGUCCACUACAUGGUCUUUAUGGCUCUUCCUUAUACGGAAGUUUCCGGGCUGCUGUGGCAGGUGCAGAUGCACUACGAGAUGUUCUUCAACUCAUCGCAGGGCUUCUUUGUGGCCUUCAUCUACUGCUUCUGCAAUGGCGAGGUGCAGGCAGAGGUGAAGAAGGCGUGGCUGAGACGAAGCCUGGCACUGGACCUGAAACAAAAAGCCAGGAUAACCAGCAGUAACGGCGGAGGCAGCUGUUACUACGGCGGCAUGAUGUCGCACGCCACCACCACCCACAGCGUCUGCAUGUCGGCCGUCAAUCACCGAGCGUUUCCCCUCGCCGGGGGGGUGGUCGGCUACGGUGGCGGGGCGGGGCUCAGGCUGCCCCGCCAGGCCGCCCUCCACCCGCAAAGCAGGCUACCCAGAUACACGGCCGGUGAAUGCGAGAACUCGGGGGUAGCGGCAAAGAGGCCCGCAGGGGCCGGGACCACCGGGGGAGUCUUUGCAAGACAUGCGAGAGAUAGCAAGAAACACGAUGAGCCUAAAAGUUCCGGAGAAGCGGAUCCAGACACUUUCUUGUCUGUGAAAGAGCUGGAGACUGUCUUGUAAAUAGCUAUUAAUAUUGUUUGGUGAACUUUGCUUCGUUUAAAGCAACUUAAUAUGAAAAGACAACUUUGGUUGUGGAAAAAUACAAUUUCAAUUUUUAUGUAUUCAUCAUUUGAAAUCCCACGAUGAAAUACAACUUUGAAUAUUGAGCCGACAGUGCACUUUAAAGUUCCGAUGAACACGUCUCCUUGGCUUAACAAGGUAACUUCUGUAAACCUAAUCAUUGCUUGCUAACAGUUGGCUGUGGUCAGACACGUCUAGACGGGUCAGGCGCUGCAGUGCAGCCUUCGUUGUUGAUUCAUGAGUCCCCAGCAGAUGCCUUCGGCUCCGUCGCAAGCACCCUCACCUUCCUCUGAGCCAACCACUUUUCUAUGUAAUCACCUCGCAACACCGUCCUGAAUUUCACACAGGUCACUUAGAAUCUUGCUCUCAUGGCAAACAGUACCUGAACAUGCACCAGCAUUCGCAUGGAUGUGUGUGUUCUAUUUUUAUACAAUAGUCAGAACAUUAUGUGCAUAAUGGCGUUUCCAUUCAUGUAAUUGGGGAAAGAUGAUUUGAGAUACAAUGAUUUGAGUUAUGAACAUUGCUCUUGCCUUGAGACAAACUAUCCUUCAGAUAAUCAAUUUUAAAAAGUUA